AUGAGCUGCUGUAUGUCCAUGUAUAAUGAAUCACACAUAGCUUUAGUAGGGACUCCCAGUGAUGUGGUAAACGUGACGUCACGAACCCUAGGAGAUCACGUGACCGAGAGAGCGAGAGCCACGCAGCACCGGACUCCUCAGCUCCCCCCACCCCUCCCCUACCCGCUGGGACACGCAAACGCUUACGGGGCUCGCGCAGGCGCUUCAACACUGCAGGCGCCGCCCCGCACCCUCGCGCAUGCGCAGUCCCCACCCGCGAAGCCGUUCUGCCUCCUGUUUGUCGGCGCGAGCUGCCCUCUUUCCUACGUACUUCCGGUGUGCGGUGUCUGCUCGCUCUCUCAGUAUCUCAGAGCGUCAAAGGCCCCGGGCCGGGUGAAGAGGAGGAGCUGCCGCCGGGAACCGAACGGGGAGACUCGGGAAGACGGGAGCAGGUAUGGCGGAGGGGGUGUCACGGCGGGGCGGGGGGUCCCGGGCAGUGAGUGACCGGAGGGAGAGCUCCAUGGUCAGUGGGAGCUGGAGGGAGGCCGGGGAGGUUCAGCAGGUCACAGGGGCGGGGUGGGGGGUCAGAUCCUCUCACAGCGUCCUGGACCCCCAAACUGAGACCGACACGGGCUGCUGGGGAGCGGGGGGAAGGCCUGUGCGAGUGACACGCAGGCGGAUCCAUGGCCUGAGAGAGAGAGAGAGAGAGAGAGAGAGACAGUAUCAUAACAACUCCCUGUGUAACACACUGCUCACUAUAAUGUAAUAUAAUAAUAUAUACUGAGCCAUGUCUGUCAGAUACCAGGAGGGAUAUAAUAUAUACUGAGCCAGGUCUGUCAGAUACCAGGAGGGAUAUAAUAUAUACUGAGCCAGGUCUGUCAGAUCCCAGGAGGGAUAUAAUAUAUACUGAGCCAGGUCUGUCAGAUCCCAGGAGGGAUAUAAUAUAUACUGAGCCAGGUCUGUCAGACACCAGGAGGGAUAUAAUAUAUACUGAGCCUUGUCUGUCAGAUUCCAGGAGGGAUAUAAUAUAUACUGAGCCAUGUCUGUCAGAUACCAGGAGGGAUAUAAUAUAUACCGAGCCAGGUCUGUCAGAUACCAGGAGGGAUAUAAUAUAUACCGAGCCAGGUCUGUCAGAUACCAGGAGGGAUAUAAUAUAUACUGAGCCAUGUCUGUCAGAUACCAGGAGGGAUAUAAUAUAUACUGAGCCAGGUCUGUCAGAUACCAGGAGGGAUAUAAUAUAUACUGAGCCAUGUCUGUCAGAUACCAGGAGGGAUAUAAUAUAUACUGAGCCAUGUCUGUCAGAUACCAGGAGGGAUAUAAUAUAUACUGAGCCAUGUCUGUCAGAUCCCAGGAGGGAUAUAAUAUAUACUGAGCCAGGUCUGUCAGAUACCAGGAGGGAUAUAAUAUAUACUGAGCCAUGUCUGUCAGAUCCCAGGAGGGAUAUAAUAUAUACUGAGCCUUGUCUGUCAGAUUCCAGGAGGGAUAUAAUAUAUACUGAGCCAUGUCUGUCAGAUACCAGGAGGGAUAUAAUAUAUACUGAGCCAGGUCUGUCAGAUACCAGGAGGGAUAUAAUAUAUACUGAGCCAUGUCUGUCAGAUACCAGGAGGGAUAUAAUAUAUACUGAGCCAUGUCUGUCAGAUACCAGGAGGGAUAUAAUAUAUACUGAGCCAUGUCUGUCAGAUACCAGGAGGGAUAUAAUAUAUACUGAGCCAUGUCUGUCAGAUACCAGGAGGGAUAUAAUAUAUACUGAGCCAUGUCUGUCAGAUCCCAGGAGGGAUAUAAUAUAUACUGAGCCAUGUCUGUCAGAUCCCAGGAGGGAUAUAAUAUAUACUGAGCCAGGUCUGUCAGAUCCCAGGAGGGAUAUAAUAUAUACUGAGCCAGGUCUGUCAGAUACCAGGAGGGAUAUAAUAUAUACUGAGCCAUGUCUGUCAGAUACCAGGAGGGAUAUAAUAUAUACUGAGCCAUGUCUGUCAGAUACCAGGAGGGAUAUAAUAUAUACUGAGCCAGGUCUGUCAGAUACCAGGAGGGAUAUAAUAUAUACUGAGCCAGGUCUGUCAGAUACCAGGAGGGAUAUAAUAUAUACUGAGCCAGGUCUGUCAGAUACCAGGAGGGAUAUAAUAUAUAUACUGAGCAAUGCCUGUCAGAUACCAGGAGGGAUAUAAUAUAUACUGAGCCGGGUCUGUCAGAUACCAGGAGGGAUAUAAUAUAUACUGAGCCGGGUCUAUCAGAUACCAGGAGGGAUAUAAUAUAUACUGAGCCAUGUCUGUCAGAUACCAGGAGGGAUAUAAUAUAUACUGAGCAAUGUCUGUCAGAUACCAGGAGGGAUAUAAUAUAUACUGAGCCAGGUCUGUCAGAUACCAGGAGGGAUAUAAUAUAUAUACUGAGCCAUGUCUGUCAGAUACCAGGAGGGAUAUAAUAUAUACUGAGCCAUGUCUGUCAGAUACCAGGAGGGAUAUAAUAUAUACUGAGCCAGGUCUGUCAGAUACCAGGAGGGAUAUAAUAUAUACUGAGCCAGGUCUGUCAGAUACCAGGAGGGAUAUAAUAUAUACUGAGCCAGGAGGGAUAUAAUAUAUAUACUGAGCAAUGCCUGUCAGAUACCAGGAGGGAUAUAAUAUAUACUGAGCCGGGUCUGUCAGAUACCAGGAGGGAUAUAAUAUAUACUGAGCCGGGUCUAUCAGAUACCAGGAGGGAUAUAAUAUAUACUGAGCCAUGUCUGUCAGAUACCAGGAGGGAUAUAAUAUAUACUGAGCCAUGUCUGUCAGAUACCAGGAGGGAUAUAAUAUAUACCGAGCCAUGUCUGUCAGAUACCAGGAGGGAUAUAAUAUAUACCGAGCCAUGUCUGUCAGAUACCAGGAGGGAUAUAAUAUAUACCGAGCCAUGUCUGUCAGAUACCAGGAGGGAUAUAAUAUAUACCGAGCCAUGUCUGUCAGAUACCAGGAGGGAUAUAAUAUAUACCGAGCCAUGUCUGUCAGAUACCAGGAGGGAUAUAAUAUAUACCGAGCCGUGUCUGUCAGAUACCAGGAGGGAUAUAAUAUAUACUGAGCCGUGUCUGUCAGGUGCCAGGAGGGUGUCCGUCUAUACUGAGCCCUGUCUGUCGCUCAGAUACCACUGGGGUCUAUAUAUAUUUAUUGAACCUCACACUCAGAUAUCAAGGGGGUCUCUCUCUCUCUCUCUCUCUCUCUAUAUAUAUAUAUAUAUAUAUAUAUAUAUAUAUAUAUAUAUAUAUAUAUAUAUAUAUAUAUAUAUAUAUUAUACAUACAUACUGAGCAUCUCACUGAGGCACCAAAGGGGGUCUAUAUAUUCUGAGCGCUGUCUGUCACUCAGAUACCAGGAGGGGCCCCUCUCCUCAUAUACUGAGCAAUGUCUGUCACUCAGCUACCAGAGGAGGCCCAUCUGUACACACUGAGCCUCUCACUCAGGUAUUAAGUUGGGGCCAAUCUGUACAAUCUGAACAAUGGCUUUCCUGUUGGAUUUUAAUCCAUAACAAUGUCUGACUAUUUACUAUAGUGUUAGUUUCCAAAUUUUAUGCCUAAAUAUUCCCCCUUAAAUCAUAAGAGGGGUUUAUUCGCAUGCUAAUUGUAGUGAAUUUGAAAUAUGAAUUGCUAAAUUAGCGGAGUUGGAAAAAUUCUCCAACUCAGCUCUAGUAUUCACUUGGCUCAUUUGAAUGACCUGCAAAAUUGUUCUUGUAACAUUUGAAAUUCACUUUGAAUUUCCUUACUAUUCACCCUUUAGUAAAUUACUGUUUAAAUGUCUCACAAUAAUAUUUUGAAUUAACAAAAUGCCUCGUAUAUUUUAUUUUUCACUGCUUCUCACACAGGUUGAUUCCUUAAUCUCAAUGAGAAAACAAAAAUCCUACAACUCUUUUUGUAGCUUAGUUUGGGCUAAAUUGUGCAAUUCCCUUGUCCUUUUUUCACUAUUCCCUGUUUAGUAAUUAACUCCAACAGGGUCUGUAUAUCACACAAAGUCACUGCUGAAUGUAUAUAUGUAUGUAUGAAAUAAGUCACUGCUUCACAGUUUCGAAGCAUGUCACCAUGAUUUCCUUGCUGAAAGCACCUUUUUCACUUUAAGAGGUAGUAAUAAUAGAAUCUUGAGAAACUCAAUCUGCCUUAGAAUGUUGGUGAAAUUGCAACACAAUUGAAAGUACUGAAGACAGAGUAGGAGCUGUUUCUUCUCAGGUAAUGUCCUUUUAUGGUUCUACAUGAUAAAUGUGGCAAUCUUUGGAGCCAACACAGCAUCAUGCUGCCAUUUCUUAUGUGUGAUGGGUACACUUAGAGAUUUUUUUUUCUGAAUCCAUUAUUGUCUAAAAUGUAUUGGUAAGCUGAUAUUUAGUUGCUAGAACUCACAGCAAAAGCAUAUAUUCUUACAUAUAAGAAUAAUAUAUAUAUAUAUAUAUAUGUUUUGUUUGCUUGUCGCUUAGCUUGGUGUCUGUUCACUAGCCAACUUGCAUGGUUUAGGUGAAAAUAGAAAAGUUGAAGAAAAAAAUUGGGUAGUUUUCAAGGUUCACAAGAACCCUUUUUCAAUUAGAAUUCAUUAAUCCUGGGGCUAGACUUUGUAGUGAUGAUUAAUAAUUGGAUUAUGAAAUAGCUUCUCAAUAGUUGGCCUUUAAGGAACACUGUAGUGGCAGGAAUACAAACUUGUAUUCCUGACACUGUAUUGCUCGUGUGGCUGUUUAGGAUACCGGCCCCACUCCAAUCUGGAUUAAAAGGUGAUUUUACCGUUUCUCUCUUGCAGUGGGUGGCUCUGCCUCCAUGGCUGAGGUCUGUCUUGACGAUCUUUUACAAUCCAAUGUGUUCCCAUAGGAAAGUGUUGGGAGGCUAUUGCGCAUGCACAGCUAAAUGUUGUUCUGGGUCAAUCAACAUAUCCUCAUAGAGAUGCAUGGAAUCAAUGCUUGGUCAAUCAGCAUAUCCUCAUAGAGAUGCAUGGAAUGUCUAUGUGGAACAUUCAGAGUCUCCAUGCAGUGUGGAGAUGCUGAACACCAGUGCUGCAUACUGUGCAGCACUGCACUUGGAAGCACCUCUAGAGACUGAGUAACUCCACCUACAGAUGUUGGUAGGCACAAGUGUAAAUACUGUCUUUGAAAACAGCAUACAGAGACAGGCUAUAGACAUUACGCUGUGUAGUUCUGGUGAAUUAGGUGUCCCUUUAAGUUAUCUUCAUCAAUGGCGGUUUUAUGCUAGUGCAUGUGUAUCUCUUAAAAUACUACCCCCAUACCCAUUUCUGCAAAGGAUCAACUGUCUUAACAUAUAGUACGGUAAUGGAGUAACUAAUAUGUCACUGUGGAUGAAUUUACCACAAUCACUUCAGUGUGUGUCUGUGUCCAGGUUGAAAUCUGAGAUCUCGGCCCAGAAGAGUGCAGUUCUAGGAACAGCUAAGUGCAAAAAACACUCAGAUUCCCAUGAGGAACAUACAAAAUAAAAAGUUUUAUAUAUAUAUAUAUAUAUAUCUCUAUAUAUCUCUAUAUCUAUCCAAUAUGCUUGCACUCCUGGUAAGGUUUGUCGUCUGUGCCUGGUGCUGGUCUGACAAAAUAUAUAAAUCCCAAAAAUUUACCGCCCUUAAAGGACUUGAAUAAAUAAUACUUAACUUUUAUUAAUUCAUCAUAAAAAGAGUUGACAUUUCAGUCCCACCAAGGGGACUUUCAUCAGGACAAGUAAUCAGUCAAACUGCUUAACAACCUCCCUCCAAACAGUAUAUACCCAUAAGUGAAUAGGUUAUCACGCUUACUCUUCGCAGAUGUUCCGAGUCAGCAGCUGCCCAAGAGCGUGCACUGGGCCCACAGCCUAAGGGGGUGGAACACAUGUUGUCAAGGAUACGCAUUGACUGCAAGUACCAUGGGUGCAAGUAAGAUCGCGGUACUACUUCACACCUCGCGCAUGUCUCAACAUGCUGAGGACUGCUAAGCAUCUGGGGGCAAAUCAACUGAUGAACCGGAAAAUACAUUAAAUAAUACACAUAAGCACAGACAAAUGACACAAAUUUAGGACAAUAAAUCAUACAAAUGGUUAUAUGAAUCUCAUUACGGAUGGCAAUAAAAACAAAAUGAUCCUCUUGGGUCUGGACUUAAAUUGUCCUUGUGAGAACCCAGGGAUUCAAAAAGGAAAAUAUAUAUAGUUAUGUACAAAUAAACACAUACAAAGGCUGGAACACUUAAGCAGACAUAAGUAUAAACUUUUAAAUACUGUCUCCUCUUUUGUGGUCAUAAUAGCAAUAAUAAUAAUAAUGGUGCCCAGUAGUCAGUCUCUUACAUAUGUGUAUGUGAGAGAGAGUAAGUGGGCAGAAAAUUUUAUACUAAAGAGCUCAAAUGGAGAGACAUGCCUUGUCAUGGCCUUAUGCCCGAAGCGUUAAAGGACCACUAUAGUGCCAGGAAAACAUACUCGUUUUCCUGGCACUAUAGUGCCCUGAGGGUGUCCCCACCCUCAGGGUCCCCCUCCCGCCCGGCUCUAGAAGGGGGAAAGGGGGUAAAAACUUACCUUUUUCCAGCGCUGGGCGGAGAGCUCUCCUCCUCCGUUCCUCCCCGUCGGCUGAAUGCGCACGCGCGGCAAGAGCUACGCACGCAUUCAGCCGGUCGCAUAGGAAAGUAUUCACAAUGCUUUCCUAUGGACGCUGGCGUACUCUCACUGUGAAAAUCAAAGUGAGAAGCACGCAAGCGCCUCUAGCGGCUGUCAAUGAGACAGCCACUAGAGGAUUUGGGGGAAGGCUUAACCCAUUCAUAAACAUAGCAGUUUCUCUGAAACUGCUAUGUUUAUAAAAGAAUGGGUUAAUCCUAGCUGGACCUGGCACCCAGACCACUUCAUUAAGCUGAAGUGGUCUGGGUGCCUAGAGUGGUCCUUUAAUGUUAGCCUUUAUCAUUCGUCCAUACGCAUUCAAUAAGUCUAAGUACCGUGGUACCCUAAGGCAACAAUUGUAUCAACUUAUUAGAAUAAAAUAAUGUCUCUCUAUAAGUGUCAUCAUAGUAUAUGUACAACCAACUUGCAACUAUGAUAAUCUUUGUAACAGGGAGACCUGGGAUAAUAAUGGCUAAAGGGUUCAAAUGAAGGAACCUAAGAGUAGUCAAAAUGCUUAUUUUAAAGCUAUCGUGUUGAUGAUAAAAAAUAUAAAGUCGUGUUGGUUUGCAUACAGUGUCUAGGGAAAUCAUGAUUGUGUGUGUGUGUGUCUCUCUGUCUGGUUAAACAUAAUGUAUAAGGUGGUAGAGUAUAGUUAGAGAGUGUCCAUAUAGUGGUGCUUUUACUCUUCAACUGUACAAUUCAGGCCACAGACCGUCUGGCUGAUGGUGCUAUAGGCUGGAAGUGGGGUUAUAAGGCUAAGGGCACUGUCAAAGGUACGACUCAAAAAAAACUCAUGUUGGUGUUAUAUCUUGCUACGGUCUCUCGUGUGUGUAUAUAUAUAUGUGUGUGUGUGUGUAUAUAUUCAUGUUAGCCAGUAUUUAGCUUAAAAUAUUUUGUUAAUCGCUCUAGUAUUUUUUAUACUCUCUGCUAGAAUUGUUACAUAAUCCUUUAUGUAUUGUUGAGGCAUAAACUAGUCUAGUAUAAUUUAUAUGCCUCUUCAUGUAGACACCAUACGUGUCUAAAAUUAUAUGAAUACACUGGUUGUUGCAACAGCGUGAAAACAUUUUUGAAAUCAUCAAUGGCUUAUCCACCUGUCAUCCCAUAAUGCAACACAAAUCUUGUUUACAAGUAUGUAGAAAUAACUGUGCACGUCUAUUCAGCCUAACUAGUAAACUGAUAUUUUUGUUUACAUGUAUGUAGAAAGGACUAUAAGCUACUAGUCAGUUUCUCAAAGACUGUACAAGCAAGAUGUUUUCUUGCUUGACUCACUAGUAUUUAUUAACCCCUUCAUGACCGAUGUUUUUCUGAGAUGCGAUGCAUUGGUGACUGAGGACUUUUUGAUCCUUUUCCUAUGUGUUCAUUCCUCCAUAGCGUGUGUCACUCUCUGUAUAAGUGCACCUAACACACACACACACACACACACACACAAAAAAAAAUAUAUAUAUGACAGAUAUGACUAUAUAGCUAACAGACAGAUGGGGCUUUCUUCUGAUAUCCUAUGUAUAUUUAUGACACAACAUAAAGCGUGAAUACAUUUUCUUAUUAAAAUACACUUUCUUAUUUUUAUUUUGCUUAUGAUCAUUACUACACAAAUGCAAUAAAAGGAAACAAUAACUCUACAUAGAUUUAGACUUUUAUUCCUGAUUAUUUAAAUGCCUAAUAUGUGGAGGAUUUAUAUUCAUUUUUGAAAGUUGUAGGACAAAUAUUGCAAAGAACGAAUUGUACUUCUAAAGCAAAAAUACCCCAAAUUGUCCGCACUCAAAGGACUUGAAUAAAUAGUACUUAAAAGGACACUCCAGGCACCCAGACCACUUCUGCCCAUUGGAGUGGUCUGGGUGCCAACUCCCACUACCCUUAACCCUGCAAGUGUAAUUAUUGCAGUUUUUUAUAAACUGCAAUAAUUACCUUACAGGGUUAACUCCACCUCUAGAGCUUGCGCAUUAGGUCUCCCCGGCCGGUGGGCGGGAUCAGUCUCGCCCGCUGGCCGACGUAAUGACUGGGAGGAGCGACGGCGAGAAGAAACCACCGCCGAGGGACAUCGGCGGGGUCUCAGGUAAGUGACUGAAGGGGUUUUCACCCCUUCAGCUACCGGCAGAGGAGACCUGCAGUGCCAGGAAAACGGAUAGUUUUUCUGGCACUGGAGUUUCCGUUUAACUUUUAUUAAUUUAUCAUAAAAAGAGUUGACGUUUCAGUCCCACUAAGGGUACUUUCAUCAGGACAAAUAAACAGUUUAACAGCAUGUAAGGGAGAUUUCCCUCUCAUGCUGCAGAUCUUUAUGGAGUCACUGUCGAUCACACAGUGCCCUUCACUUUCAGCAGCGAGGUAUGAAAGUAGACCCAAUUAGACCCUAUGACAAUUUCCAACUCUCCUAUUUUGGUUUAAAAAUUUUCAGUUUAAUUUCCCAUUAAUUAGCAGUUUAAUAAAUAAUCCUGCAAUAUUAAAAACUGGUGCCUAGGGAAACCACUUCGAAAACUGUUUAACACCAUAAGGUAAGAGGGCAAACCAGAGACUCAAGGCAUCAAACCUAAUAUACAACUACAGUAUAAAGUACACAUUUCUGCAUCCUAAUAAAGACAUCAAGUAAACACAACGUUGAGCAUGUACAUCUUCACAAACCUGCCACAUAGCUUCUGGUGACUCUCAGCCUUGCCUUUUCACCUGUUUUUAUUACCUUUCCACUGAAUUGUUUAGUAAUGGACAAACACUAAAAAUAAUCCCUGUGUGCCAUGUUGCUGCAAAUGAACCAUGGAUGCUUGAUUAGUGGGCAAACAUAAAACAAAUUUUUCUUUUCUCAAUGCACAAACACCGUAAAACUUCUAGGUACCACUUGUAUCUGGUCCAAAUUGUUAUGACACUGGGCGGUUGAGUCUUGGAUUAAUUGGACCAGUGCAUCUGUUUGAUGUAUCCACACGUGCACCCUCCGAUUCUGACUAAUUUCUCACAUUUCCUCAUCUCUGGAUGUACAUUGGUUAACCAAUAUUGUGGCUUACCUUAUCUCUUGUCCUUUGUUUGGCUCUGGUUUUUUUCUGUUUUCAUGCUCUGUGUUCCUCAUCUCUAGGUCUAUUAAUUUAACUGUCUAUCUUAUAUUAUUACUAGUUUGGGCCUUUCUGAUUUUGUAUUGUUCUGUAAAGUAACAAUUUUUUUCCUUGUAUAUUAAGCUUCUGAGGUUACUAUGUAAGUGUCAUGUUGCCAGUCCUCCAUCUGGAUUUCCUAUUUAUACUGCAAAUCAUGAAGAAUAAUGCUUUAUACAAACGGGACGUGGUCCUUUUGAAUUUGUCAAAAGAAUCUCCCCUGACCACCUCCGGUAUGCUGCGAGGAAACAGGCUCUCCUGCCAUGCUUCAGUGGCAGAGGCAACUUCAAGGAUCCCCUGCAUUGCAUCCUGAUUCGCAGCACUGAGAGUUACUGAUUUGACAUCACAUGUUAAUGAUGCAUUAUAUCGGCAUGCAUUGCAGAAUAACUAGAGGGACUCUGAAAUUCUCUCAUGCAAGGGUAGAUCAAUUUACCACUAAACAUCAGAGACAUAAUUGGUGCAACUCUUAAUCUCUAUUCCACAACUCCCUCCUAAAUGCCUACAGAGGUAAAUAUUGGGAGGAGAGGAAGCUACACGUAUGCAUACACAUAUGUGUGUGGUUAAUUAGGUUUGCAAAUGCUUGUGAGUAUAGUUAAUUAGAUAUAUGUGAUUAAAGGGGUACUCCAACCACCAUGACCUCUUAGUGACUUGAAGUGAUCACGGUGGUAGGAGUCAGUAUGUGCAGAGUGUCACGCUAUUAUGAGUUAUUGCUAAUUGUGUGCCCCCAGCACACAAUUAGCAAAAUGUUCCCUUUGCAGACAGAGCUUCUGCAAGGGGAAGCUAGCUCCUCCCUUUUGGGUGUACCCUCGCACCUCCCCUGUCACUCAUUUGUUUUUGUUUUGUAAAACCCUCACUCCUUCCAUCCCCUCAUAUGUGCUCUGAGCUGGUGAAAUGGUCCAAUCGCAAGCUUCUGUGUAAAGACUGUUUAUUUGUGUUGUGGGAUCUUCACCUGGUGCUGUAUAAUGCAUUUUACACUGGACAGUUCCCUCCUCUCAAAAGGGUUAUAGUAACAAUUAAUAUUUUGUCUGUGCCCUGGGUUAGGACAUUGACUCCUAGAUUCAAGGCAAAUUCGUCAAACCAUGGACUAAAUAUUGUAGCAUAAGGAAUAGUGCAGUUACCAAUGCUCGAAUGCUCUUAGAGGAGUGUGCAGGAUGGAAAUAGCGUGUGACCAGGAUUGAAAGAGCAAGUGAUUGAGCCUUGUAAGAAUGCUUUGUGUAUUCAUUACUGAACAUGCAAACAACUUUUCAUAGUACUAAUGUAACAGGAUACUAAAUCCUGCACCACAUCAGAUUUCUCAAGGAUUUGUUUUUAGCUUCUCUGGUUCCUUUCUAUCUGUGGGACUUUUACGUCUUCAACUAGAAGGAUAAGGUUUGUAUAUAUGGAGACAAGGCGUUGCAACCCUCUGUGUGUGUGUGUGUGUGUAAUUGCAUGUGAUAUACAUGUUCAAGCUAGCCCAAUAUCAGCUGUGUUUGCAUGUGUAUAUAAAAAUAAUCUGUGCAUAGAUUAAAAAAUUGUUUCCAAGAUAAAGAGUUCCUGUUUUGAAUUUUUUUUUAAAUUCUUUAUUUUGGCAGGUGAUGUAUGACAUUAACAGCAGUUUCAUUGUAUAACAGUUGAUAAGCAUAGUUAAGAUUUGCAAACAAGGGUGUCUAGUGUGUUCAGCUAAUUUUUUAAUUUAUAACUAUCGUAGAGUAGUGAUGCCCAGAAGCCUGGGGGUGGGUAGUGGAAGCAUCCGCCUUCUCCGUUGUUUAGGCUAAAACAUGAGUCUAUGUGUCUGUGGCGUUACUGUAUCUCCCGGUUGUUGUGUGGGCCUCUAACCCGUAUGGGGGGGGAUGGGGGUUGUGAGCUUAUUACAUACAAUGACAUUAGGAACAUAGCUGUUUUUUGGGGGGUGUUUAUGUUGCUAUAGCAGCACUUAGUUGUAAGAUAUUGUAUGCAUGAAAGUACAGGAUUAAACGAAAAUUAAAACAGUUGGUGCCAUUCUGGACCAUAAGAAUUAAGUCAGAGUCCUGUUCUUUCCCUGGCACAAAGGGAGUGAUUGCCAUGAUGUCCCAUUGAUGGUUGGAGCUCGUCGAUGGGGUUGCUUCAGCAGAGACUGAAGGAAGGACGAGCCUUCCGUGGGGCUUGUUGCUCGCAGGGUCUUCCCCUCUUGAAGUACCGUGAGGGCUCUUGGGUAAGUCCAGCGGUAAGCUAGUCUCGCAGCUUGCAGAGCUUCGGUAAUGGGUUUCAUCGAUUUUCCUCCACAGUAAGGUGGGCCUGCUGAGGUCUUGAAAAAAGGUAAUGUUGUGUAUUUCAAAGUGCAGCGGGGUUUUCCCUUUGAGUGCCGUGAGGAGCCUUUGUUUAUCUGCGACGGUUUGACAGCACAGGAUUAAGUCUCUGGGAGCCGCGGUGGGCGCUUGUGAGGCGCUUUAGGGGUCGGGUGGUUGUUUGCCGUAGGCAGGUUACCUCCUGUGUCCAGAAAGCCUCAGUGUGCCACACUCAGGUCCCGCGGGAUUCCCACGCUGUAGGCCCGGCUUCCCCGCCAUCUGUUUUUGCCACUCGUGGGGAAAAUGAAUGGCAUCUGCCUGCUCGGGACUGCUUCCCCUUUAUGAUCGUGGCGGUUGUGUCGUGGCAGAACUCUCUGUUCUGGCAUGUGGAAAGAUAAGGUCAACUGUUCGUGAAAUCUACAUUUUACACUGUGGCCAAACCCCAACCUCUCAUUUUGGUAAGGAAAGUGAAUGUGCAUCCAAAUUCUCACUAGUCCUCAUUAAAGAAAAUAGGACGCAGCCUUUUUUAUUGUAUUCUUUCUGGUAAAACUCUUAAAUACGUAUAUAGAUGGUGUACACCUGCGCAUUGAGAUUUUCUUACUCACCUCCUGCAGACAAAGGUAACUUGUACCAAAAUUAACAUUUACAAAUCAAAAGGCAGUGUAUUGAGCAAGAGAAUGAGAAUGGAUAUCGAGCGGAAAGGUUAAGCUUCUUUUGAGGUACAUGUAUAAUGAAAGGUAUACAGCUCAUCAGACACUGCUGUGUAAGUUUGUUGAAGCACCACAUUAGCUAUUUGAUUUCACAUUGGUUUGUAUGAAGUUUACCUUUAGACAUUUUUGGGUGGCAGCACAGCUCUGUUGACUUAUCACUGAAAAUGAUGGAUUUCUUUAUGCGUCCUAUGUCCUGUUAUCCUACCAUAUGUUCUCUUGUUUCUCUCCCCUUUCAUUGUUUGGGGUCUUUGUCGUCUGCUCUUGCUCGAUCUCUCUUUAAAAUCUGCAAUCUCUCGGUAUCUUUCCCACCUUAUUUAAACAUGCUUCAGUCAGUACAAUUUUUAAAAUAAGUCUAAGGCUGAUGUAAAUUCACCAUCGAUCUACUGUCUCAUGAAGUCUGACUAAUUCCUACUUCGUGCUUGACCCUCUUUUUUGGGGGGCUUCUGGUCUUUAUAUUCCAGCAAAACCGCUCUAACCAAAGUGAUUAUUGCCAAAUCCAAAGGACACUCUCUGUUGAAGAUUUAUAAGCUGAUUUCAAAACUAGACCACCUGCUUCUUCACAGGUUCCUUAAUCUUGAUCUACAUGACAUUUCAUGCAUCUCUUAUGUUUCCUAGUGCUCUUUUUAGUGUCUCCCUUUCUGGCACAUCCUCCCCCUUCUGUUCUUUCGUUACCCGGCCUCUCUGCAUGAUCUGAUAAUAUGAAUUUGAGUACCACAUCUGUACUGAUGACACAGUUCUCCCUCCCUGACCCCUCACUUACACUCUGUUAUGUCACCAGGUCCAUCUGACUGGAUGACUGCACACUUGCAGUCCCUUGGUCCCUGAAAAGCUGAAUUUCCAUCUCCUUCAUCAGUGUCCACUUUGUUCUAUCUUACAGUGCACUCUCUUUGAGUCUAAGUUUUUCACUCCCCAUAUCUAGUUAAUUUCCGAAGCCUUAUAAUAUUCACUGGUUAAGAUCCAUGUGUUUUUUUUGUUUUGUUUUUUUUUCAUGUGUUUUAAUAUGGACUUGUUAUGGAAUUUUCAGUUUGUAUAAAACAUUCCCAUACAAACUUGUUUAAAAAUAUAAAUUCUUUAGAAAGACAUAUUAAGUAAUUAAAUUCUCUCCCUUGCCACAUCUUUAUUUUCCCUUUUCUAAGUCCUGCUUCUCAUGCACUUAAGGCAAGACAUUUGCUGUUUUAUAACUUUAAUACUUUCAAUUGAAUUCUAUUUGAAUAGCAUGUACUUUACCAUUGUCUUUUGUGCAAUCGAACCCACUUCCUUUAGAUUGCAUUUAAGCAAGGCCCUCACUCCUCUUGCACAUGGAGGUCAGACUUGUUUUGUCAAAUUCACCUGUUUGAUCUUUUUUUCCUCCCACUGUACAGCACCACAAGAUAUAUUGGUGCUUUAGACCUGCUUUACCCACAUUACAAUUAGUACUAAGUGGCUUCCUGUUCGAGGGAUCCUAUCUAUGUUUUUACUAUUGGAUAGGUCAGUCCUGCAGCUGGUUAUCAUGGCAACCGUUUGGUGGACAUUCACGGUCAUAGGCUGGUAGGGUUAAAUAUGCCCUCACUCCUCCCACAGGCAUGGGAUUUCCACAUUUUAUCAUGUUUGGGGUUUUAUAUAAAUGGACUAGAUGUUUGUAUCUUGAAUCUCUUGAUAAGUUCUAUUUGAAGAAAAGUUGUGAUUUACUGCAACUCUGUCACCUAAUUAAGGUAUCUAUACUUUUGACCAAUAUCAUUUGUCGUCUUCUUUGCACAUUGGAUACAUUUGCUCAGUUUGUAUGUUAUCUUUAUUUUGUUUUGUUUUGUUAUUUUGUCAUUGUAUGUUAUCACACUGAUACAAUAUUUGGGUAAGAAGUAUUAUCCCACUAUGUUAUGAUAUUUGAAUUGAUAUUUAGUUCAUUUGACUAUUUACUGAAAUGCUGUAGCAUUAUAUAAUUUAUGGUGCUUUAAACCCUCCCGAAGCAGUAGAAAGGGAUUUUGGAUUUGCCUUUCAUUUUGCCACUUUCCUAUAGAGGUUAAAUUGGACAAAGUUAUGUCUAAAACCAGAUUUUCAUGUUUGUAUCUUACUGGCAGUACUGUUCCAAACCUAUUGUGUAACUUGUUAAUAUUCACGUGCUGAUGGAUAGGAAUAAAGUCUUUUCUUUGUAGUUUUUGUUUGUACCAUUUUUGCCGAGUGAUUGUAAUCUCCAUACAUUUCAGCUUUGUAUUGCUUGGUGCAUUAAGUAUGUCAUGGGCUCUGAUUGCAAUUUUGUUUUCUUAUAUGUUGCACAAGCCUUUAUCAUAUUUCCAUGUUUGACGUUUACACUUUUCUGGGGUUGGGGUGAGCGUGCAAAAGGUUUUUAUAUACUGUUUUUCCAUGUAAUGACAUGACUACGACAUAAAUAUUAACAUCAAUAGUACCAAUUGCACAAUUAAAAAAAUAAAUAAAUAAAAAUCUAUAGAAACAACCUAAUGCAAACUUUUAAUACUUAAAGGGAUAAAAUAAGUGUUUAUAAUAAAACACAGUUGAAAUUACACAACAUAAUCUGUGUGAUUUAUCAUGUUGAAAUGGGGCAUAUACAGAUUCCAAGCACAAUGAUGACAUCAAAUCAGGAAAGUGGUCUUGGUGUAAAGGAAAGCAUUGAAACGUACAAAGGCAUCUGUGGAACACUUUGAGCUCUGAUCUUUAGUUUCUGGCAAUGCCCAAGGCUUUAGUGAGGAAGUCUCAGAGAAGAGGAGGACUUUCACUAGGAAUUGAGUGAAAUGGGAGAAGAACUAUUUUUUAGAUAGGAUAUUUACCAAAUCUAUCCAUUUGCUAGCAAAUCUGCUAGCACAAUGUAUAGAUGGAAUGUCAAGCUCUUUUGGAAGCUAUAUUAGUUUUAGUCUUGACAGGAUCCGUUAAUCUCCAUAUGUGAAACACUGCACAUCCAGACUCCAGUGACCAUGACCACUUCAAACCAUCAAAGUGGUCAUGGUGCUUAGAAUGUUCCUUUAACUCAUUGUCUUCUGAUAAUGCAGAAUACACAAGUGCAAAAUCUAGUUUGUUCUGGUAAAGGUUGAGAUGUAUAUGGUAACUAAAUAGAGUUGAAAUUAAAACUUAUCACUUGUAUUGUAUGUUGAUUAUUUCUUAACAUUUUGCUUAUGUGUUAUUUUACAGGACAGAUUCAGAAAUGUCUUUCAUAUUUGAAUGGAUUUAUAACGGCUUCAGCAGCGUGCUGCAGUUUUUAGGUAAAACAUUUUUUGUGUAUACGUUUUGUUAUAUAGAUGUUCAGUUUCUUUGGUUCACACCACUGGUUUUCUUUUGUAAUGUAUUUUAAUUUAUAAAAUCUGCUUUGCAGGAUUAUACAAAAAGUCAGGAAAACUAGUGUUUUUAGGCUUGGAUAAUGCAGGAAAAACCACACUUCUACACAUGCUUAAGGAUGAUCGGCUCGGGCAACAUGUUCCCACACUACAUCCAAGUAUGUAUGACCAAGAUUUUAAUACUUGUAUGACCAUGUGGAAAUUAUGAGCUGUACUGAUAACCUUUAAAUUUUAUCUUUCUAUAUCAAUUUGUUUUGUGGUAUAUAUGUUUUUAUUCAUAUCAUAACCUGAACUGAAAUUUUAAUAUGUUUACUUUUCCCUGUAGUUAAAGGAACACUAUAGCGUUAGGAAUACAAAUAUGUAUUCCAAACGCUAUAGAGUCCUAGUCAGCAUUUAAGUGACUUGGACCCCGUUCUGCUGUGAAUAAAUUGUUAAUUAACCAUUUAUUUGCUUACCUUAAUCCAGCGCCAGGCUCCCUCGGCAUUGGUGACCUCUCCUCCUCCAUCAAAGUCAGCUUCUGAGUGGAGCCGAAUGCAUUCAAACCCGCCCAUAGGAAAGCAUUACUCAAUGCUUUCCUAUAGGGAUCUUUUUUGACACUGGACUCCGUGAGGAGUCAAAUAAGUGCGAUUUACUCCGUGUAAAUCGCGGAAGCGGCCUCUAGUGACUGUCAGGGAGACGGCCAUUAGAGGCUGGGUUAAUCCUGCAAUGUAAACAUAGCUGUUUCUCUGAAACUGCUAUGUUUUCAGCUGCAGGGUUGAAACUAGGGGGACCUGGCACCCAGACCACUUCAUUGAGCUGAAGUAAAAAUCAGACUGUUUCAAAUGGCCAUGGAACAGCUGAUGGAGCUCUGAAUCUGUUGGCGCUAUAUAAAUGGCAAUAAUAAUAAGUAUUCUUGGUGCCUAUAGUGGUCCUUUAAAAAAUAUUAUUUUUUUGGUGAGGUGUGAAAAAAGUUAAAUGUAGAAAUCCACACCUCUUUAUCCUGGAUCUAGGUGCCCCUGCCUAAGUUCCAUGUAAGUCAUAGUUGCAAACUCUCUCCUGGCAGUCAGAAGAACAUACAGAGAAGAGAAAAAUGUAAACACAGUUUCUAUUUCUCCUCUUUAUUUGCAAUCUUUUCACUUUCUUUGCCUUCUCUGAGCUGGAUAAAAUGUAAUUUUCUAAAUCUUUAAAGGGACACUAUAGGCACCAAAACUAAUUAAUCUUGUUAAAGUGCUCUGGGUGCAAUGUAAAAUAUUGCAGUUUUAGAGAAACAGCUAUGUUUAUGUUGAAGUGUUAAGACUGCCUUUACUGGCUGUUUUCCAGACAGGCUCUAGCGGUGCUUCCUGCUGUUUCACAGAGUUUAACUUCAUGAUACGACACUGGACACAAAUGUGUUUUGCAUGAGGACGUCCAGCGUCUUCAAAAUCCCCAUAAAAAAAAAUUGUCAGUGCUUCCUAUAGGGAAGGCCUAAAGCACGUGCGGCACUCACUGCGCAUUAAGUUUCUCCUCACCAUUGUGUUGGAGGAGAUUGAGCCAGUGCCGAGAGCACUGUGCUGGAAUAAGGUAAGUGAUGUGAUCUAAAAGAUCUAGGAAUCAUGAAAAUUUAUGUAACCAUAGAAACAAGUCCCCAUCACCACCAGGGGAUUCUUUCCCCUAUUAGUCUAUCUAGUGUAUGCGGCAAAACCACUACCAUUUUGUUUCAGUAUUGCUAUUUUUUUUUUUUGAAAAUGCUGAGCAAUUCUGUUGAGACAGGAAGCUCCCAGCAAUGUCUAUUGACUGUACUUUGACAAAGGAGAAGUGUUGUGAGUUGUGUUACUUUAGGUCAAUGCCUGAUUUCACUUUUUCUCUUUGAAAAACUCUUUAUAAGCAGCAAAGUGGCUGUUGGGUUGCAGGGAAUGUUACCACUUGACAUAACACCCUUUUACUUCAUAUGAUUACUUUAUUUUGGACUUGUUGAUUAUCAGUACCAUUAGAAAGUUUGUCCAUGACAAAAUAUUUAAAUAUUUGUGCGCAAAAUGGCUGAAAGAAUUAAAAAUAUAUAUUUUUGAAGAAACCUGUGCAAUGUAAUUUUUUUCUUUUCUGUGCAGCAUCAGAGGAGCUGACAAUUGCUGGAAUGACUUUCACAACCUUUGACCUUGGUGGACAUGAGCAAGGUGGAGAAAUCAUAUCAUACCUUUUCUUACUGCUAAUACAGUUAGAUUAUAUCAGAAUUGAAAAUAUAUAUUUUCUUGCUUAUUUUUGUUUUCUCUUUAAUGUAGCCCGUCGUGUUUGGAAGAACUACUUACCGGCGAUUAAUGGAAUUGUGUUUCUUGUGGACUGCGUAGACCAUAGCCGCCUUAUGGAGUCCAAAGUUGAGCUGAAUGUAAGAAACAUUUUAUUGAUAUUGAAAAUGCUAGUCAAAAUGGUUUCAUAUAGCUUCACUUUCAUGAGUCUUAAUGCAAGAACAGUUAGUUUUCAUCUGUCAACUAAGCUAUUUUAAAUCACCCUGUACUCUUUGGUGAUCAUUUUACAUAUAUUAUGUGUUACUGGAAAAUAAGUGCAGAUUAAAAGACAGAGCAUGAAAUAAAUAUAAAAAAAACCUAAUAGAUAAGGUUUUACCAAUGCAGGUAUGGUAACACUUGUAUGUUUCACCAUGUAAGACUUCACUACCAUUUGUUGGUAUAAUUUUGAGCAGAAUACUUGGCAAGGCUAAUUGUAAAUAUGUAUAGCUAGUUAAACUGAUACUCUGAGCACAAAACAACCUUAGCUUAUUGAAGCCGUUUUGGUGUAUAGAUCGUACUUCUUCAGUCCCACUGCCCAUCUCUGUGACAUUUAGGAGUUCUACCACGUUUGAUGCAGCCCUAACCACAACCUCUCCUGGUUGUGAGUCACUCAGCCAACAUGCAAUUUUUUUUAUUUUUGAUCAUAUCUGCCAUAACCUUUUUUGAAGUGCUUAUCUCCUGCUUUGUUUAUUAAAUGUAUUCACUCACAGGCAGUGGUGUAUCUUGGAUUGGUGCUACCCUAGGCACGACUAAAUUCAAGCACCUAAUCUAAAUUUGCACCACCAUUUCGUGUCAAGGCCACUUUUUAGACUGACAGACGCUCGUCCUCAUUGACACAUGCACUGACACACACUCUGACGCGGCUACACACACACACACACACACUGACGGCUACACACACACACACACACACACACUCUGACGGCUACACACACACACACACUGACGGCUACACACACACACACACACACUGACCGCUACACACACACAGUUGCUGGACUGGGGCUGCUGGCUGGGCGGACAGACUCCUGGGGCUGCUGCCUUCUGCGAGCUCGGCUGGCUGGCUGGGUGGGUGGGCGGGCAGGCGCUCAAUAGAGGCGGCGAGGGAACUGAGCUCUUCCUGCUCUACUGCCUCGCGCACCGCCGGGGCCGGAGUGACAUCAUAUUCCGGCUCCGGGCAUCAUAGAAGGGCACGCAAGGGACCAGGACGAGCUGAGAGGACUGCGCUCCCUCGCUGCCCGCCUACACUAUGAGCCAGCCGGCCACCUCUUGUUCUCUCCCAGGACGUGGGGCAAACUUUCCUGGGCACUUAGGGUGUCGUUUUUUGCCAACUCCCUGAAAGUGCUGCCCUAGACAAAUGCUUUGUUUGUCUCGUGGCAAAUACAGCCCUGCUGACAGGUGGCUACUGCAGGCACCAGUAGGCUACCAACAGAUUGAAAGAUAAGAAAUUAUAACUUAAACAGUGUGCAAUAAAGGAAGUUUAAACAUUCGAUCUCUUUUUACAGGAGAGGGUCACAUGCAGGGCUGUGUAAACUAAGUGAUUUAACUCCUAAAUGACAGAUAAUUGAACAGUUAGGCUUCAGGAAAUUAUCUAUACACAAAAAACACUACAUUAAGCUAACAAUGUUUGGUGCUUAUAGUGUCCAUUUUAUUUGAUGUAAAGUGUAUAUAGUCAAUUAAAUUGAAAGCAAAAUAUUACAGUGAAAACCUAAUGUCACAAAAAAUAUCUUGAUAUAAGUGUAUACCUUACAUUCUAAUAGUUUUGAGUUGAUCCAGCAGGGUAAGUGACUGUGAUUACUACUAUGUAUUUAAAGGAACACUAUAGUCACCUAAAUUACUUUAGCUGAAUAAAGCAGUUUUAGUGUAUAGAUCAUUCCCCUGCAAUUUCACUACUAAAUUCACUGUCAUUUAGGAGUUAAAUCACUUUGUUUCUGUUUAUGCAGCCUUUGCCACAGCGCCCCUGGGUAUGAUUGACAGAGCCUGCAUGAAAAAAAAAAACUGGUUUCACUUUCAAACAGAUGUAAUUUACCUUAAAUAAUUGUAUCUCAAUCUCUAAAUUGAACUGUAAUCACAUACAGGAGGCUCUUGCAGGGUCUAGCAAGCUAUUAACAUAGCAGGGAAUAAGAAAAUCUUAAUUAAACAGAACUUGCAAUAAAGAAAGCCUAAAUAGGGCUCUCUUUACAGGAAGUGUUUAUGGAAGGUUGUGCAAGUCACAUGCAGGGAGGUGUGACUAGGGUUCAUAAACAAAGAGAUUUAACUCCUAAAUGGAAGAGGAUUGAGCAGUGAGGCUGCAGGGGCAUGUUCUAUACACCAAAACUGCUUCAUUAAGCUAAAGUUGUUCAGGUGACUAUAGUGUCCCUUUAAAUAAUGAGGAUGGCACAUUUUCCUCCGUGUGGUAAAUAAAAUGUAUUUCCGUACAUGAACACGUGAUCUUGAAACAAAUCAAGACGAUGUUACAUGUAAACCAUGUGGUUGUGUCCAGAUUGAUUCAUAGUAAUGCAGAAAUGGUAAUGUUCUUUCUUUCUUUUUUGCAGUCACUUAUGACAGAUGAAACGAUAUCCAAUGUGCCAAUCCUUAUCUUGGGAAAUAAAAUUGACAGACCUGAAGCAAUCAGUGAAGAGAAAUUGAGAGAAAUAUUUGGGCUUUAUGGGCAGACCACAGGAAAGGUAAGUUAAAAUUCUUUACGUUUUUUAUUGUUGAUAUAGCUUAGUAGUUGGUCGCUAUCUGAGUCACAGGUUCUUAUCUCAGCACGGUCGACGCAGCCUUUUAAUCAUCAAAGUUUGAAAAAAAAUGAGUACCGUUUAUAAAAUGCAUGCAACCUUUAGCUACUUGGAAACUAGUGAUUAGUUACUCACUAAAGUGGGAAUUAUCAGGAAUUCAAAGUGAUUUUCAAAUUUUAGAUGAAAAAAAUCUGUUGGAAGCACAGCUGACUUGGAGAGUUUUUCAAUUUCGCUAUUUUGGCAUUAAACUAGAAAUUCACUGUGAUUUCCAACAAUUCUCACUUUAGAAAAUAACUGUAUAUUUACUUAUUCAGUUAACUCCUUCUGAUUCUAUUCAUUAUUCGUUUUCACAUCGUUCGUGCUCUACCAGCAAAAAAUCGCUUGGUAUAAGACUAACUAGACAUCAUCCAUAUGAAUUUGUCAUUGUUUAUUUGUUUGAACUCGAUUCUAGGAAUAGGGCCAUUACACAAGGUACAGGUUGUGUAAACCUGCCAUGAACUUAUUUACAGACAUUAUUUUAAAUCUAGAAGAUCUAUGGCUUGUAGAUUAUUACAGGAAGAAACCUCCAAAAUUUUAGACACACACAUAUAUGUGUAUGUGUCUAUCUUUAUAUUAAUCAAGUUUAGCAUGAGAGAAAAGGAAAAAAGUGUUUUUAAUUUUGUUUGGUUGUUCCUAGUUUUUAAACUUGUAAUAGAAUAUAUGCAAAGAACCACCCCAGGAAAAGGUAGUUUAGUAUUUAAAAUAUUGGUUCUCCCCUUCAUUUUUGAAACCACCAUAUGAAACUUUCUCUGAUUAAUUUAUUGAGGUUCUUUUGAUAACAGCUAUGUCUGACAUUUUUUUUUUCUUCAACGAUCACACUGCUGUCAUUGAUAUAUUUUAUAGGUGAGCAGGAUUCAGUUGCAUCAAAUCUCUGUUAAAUGCUUGGACACCACUAAAUGUAGACCCCUCCAUGUGCUGAAAGUUUUAAAAAAUUUUUUAAAUUGAAUAAUGAGACCACCCCAUACACUAUGCUAAGCUUUAAUAUGUGAUGCUUGUACAUAUGUUAUUUAAUUGUAAAAAGUAUUCAUAUUUUUCUGAAACAUUUGGCGGUUUCUGAGCUUUUCACAUUCUAAAUACUAAGCAAGUGUAAUGAUGUAAACUAAAACUUCACUGCUGCGGAAAAAUGUAUAAUAACUAAACUGAGUUUCACAGAUCAGAGCACACUUGCACAUUAUGCUUUGAGCGUUCCCCUCAAAAGAUUUAUGAAAUGCAUAAUCUUUUCAACGCAUUUUUCAUUACUUCGUUUUGUUCUUCCUAGGGUAACGUGCCACUGAAGGAUCUUAAUGCUCGCCCAAUGGAAGUGUUUAUGUGCAGCGUGCUUAAGAGGCAGGGCUACGGUGAAGGAUUCCGCUGGCUCUCACAGUACAUUGACUGAAACUUUAUUUUUCUCUCCUAUCCCCCUCAUUGAACGACAAGAAAACAACCAUAUUAUACAGAGUUCAACUCUUCGGACUUGAUCCAGACUGACUUCUCUAUCAGUGUGUGGCAGACUCACAUAGGCAGUGAUUAACAAAGUACAACAACCAGGAGUCUUGUGGGGCACGUCCCUCUGAUCAAGAGUUAAUUGAUUUCAAAAAGAAACCAAUUCUAUUUUUUAAAGAACGUAUCAAUGUUAACUGUAUCCAACUCCCUUUUAUUUUUUUGUUUUUGUUUUAUCCCUCAUUUAUUUGUACUAGGUUCUUUUUUUUUUUUUUUUUUUUUUGACUAUUUAAUGGUAUUUACAUAUAUCACAACGUACUGAAUCAAUUACCAUGGCAUUAAAAGUCUGCAAUAAACCUAGUUUUGUCCUGGCCUGCUCUCCAACAGUACUUCUAGUUUUGCUGGUGGUAUAUCAGGGGAGAAUAUGUUUGUGCUUGUAUCUAUUUUUCAUUUUCUCUAAGUGGAAUGAAAAGUACUCAAGCUGGAAUACAGUUUAUUGCCAAUUUUUAUCUUACACCUAAACAUGCUGUUGUAGGUUGCUUUUUAUUUUUCCCCAGUAAAUGUCUAUGGUAUAUAAUCGGAGGUCAUUCUUAAGAGUUAUGGGUGUACUCCCUCUUAGGAUAAGAAUGUACUAACAGUGGUGUGAAGACUAAUACAAUGGAAAACAGCUAUAACCAGCUUAUUUUGUACUGUUCCCAGUCACUGUUUUAGUUGCUUUUUAAAACCACUGGAUUACCCAGUCCCACCUAUAUAGAAUUUGCAAUAAAGUAAAAACACUCAGACCUAAAACAUUGUGACAUGGUUCUUUGUGUUUCUUUUGCAGUGCAAUAAAAGUUAAGAACUGCCUGGUCCUUUUUGCUAGCCAUCGUGAUUGCGAAUGUAUACAUGAGCAGAUAUGUACACGUUUUGUGUUUGUUUUCCCUUUUUUUUUUUUUUUUAACCUUCUGUCUGCACUGCCAGUUAUGCAGAAUUUAAAUGUGUCCAUGCUUUGUAAACCUGGUCCAUAAUAAUUUGCAAUCCUUGCCAUGUAUAGUAUUCUUGAAAAAAGGACAGAGGAAUAGGUCAGGAACAUGUGUCCUAUUCAUAGAGGGGACAGCACAACAUAAUCAGAACAUUAACUGAACACUGGCUUCAGAUAAUUCUGAGCAUGUUUCAAACCAAACAAAGUACUGAUAGGUUGUUUUGUUUGAGGCCUUAAAAAGGUCUUAAAUGGGCUUUCUAAGCACUGUAUCACACUACAAUUCCUUGUAGUGGUUAUAUUGCACAAAGUGUGCGUAGUGUUGUACCCCUGGUUUAUGUUAACGUUUUUGAGCAGUUUAACAAAAAACAAUGCCUUCUGGCACGUACAUCUUGGCACCCCUGGGGAGAAUUGAUUAGCUGAGAGCACUGGAAAGGCCUGACAGUGGCAUCUAAAGUUGGAUUGGCUAGAGACGUUCACUUGUACGUAACCAAGUAGCAGACACUGGCAAAGCCUAGUUUUUGAAAGUCCAUUUGAACAGUUUAACAGCUGAAGUUUAUAUGGUGGUAUGAGUGCUGCUUUAAACUACCAAUUUACUAAAUGGUGAAGUAAAUUGCAUUGCCUACUACAAGAGACAGAUUUAAAAAGCAAAAGGUAGAUCCCCACAGAUAACAAGGAAAAAAUGAACCCAAUAGAGAGGGAGAACGAUAAGUGAUCAGGGAAGCCCUUCCUUUAUUCGUUCUAAGGGUCAAGGGACAAACGAGGUGAGUAGAAUGAAAUUCUACUCACAAUACAAGUUUAUCCAUAAUAUUCUAAAUGGCAUGUAACUUAAGGCAUCGGCUUAGUUUACUUUUUUUUUUAAAGUGCAUGUAACAGGGUAUAUAUAAUAUAAUAAAGUACCUUUAUUAUAAACCACCUGUGUUUAAAUAUUAACGUUUAACAAUUUCACUCAAGGUAGAAGUUGGGCACAUCCAUGUAUAAGCAAAGUCUUGAAUGCAAUACCGUUUUUUGAAAGAACUGCUAAUUGAGAGAACUGCUAAUACAGUGCAUAGUUACCAGCCUACUGACUUGAUAGUUGGAGUGUUCUCUGGUUAAGUCCUUGUAUAUAAUAAACACAGUUUUCAAGCUUAUAUUUUACUGGUAUUCCUAGAAAAGUUGUAGAAACUGUCUGCGACAACUCAUUGUGUUCUAUUUCGCAGUAUAAAGGCGGCAAACCUUUACACAACUUUAGUGUUUACCUUCCAAUCUAUUGCUGUGAGCAAUUUGCUACUUAAAAUGUAAGUUACAUAAUGAUUACUUGUUUCUUGCCAGAGAGUCUUCCGCUGCAGCUACUCGCUCCACCUCAUAGAAAAACAUUAGAUAGGAAACUCGCACGAGUGUCCAAACACCACAUGCCUCCAAUCUAUUUGAUAGCAAGAUCGAGUUUACUUGGUUUUGGAAGAGAAAUCACCUCUAGUGGCUUUCUGGAAGAUGGCCACCUGGGGAGUAUUUGAAGGACCACUAUAGUGCCAGGAAAACAUACUUGUUUUCCUGGCACUAUAGUGCCCUGAGGGUGCCCCCAUCUGCCGGGCUCUAGACGGUGGGAGGGGUUAAACUUACCUCUUUCUCCAGCGCCGGGCAGGGAAUUCUCCUUUUCCUCCAUAUCGACGUCAUCGGCUGAUUGCACAUGUGCAGCAGGAGCCGCGCGCGCAUUCAGCCAGUCCAUAGGAAAGCAAUCACAGUGAGAAGCGCCUCUAGCGGCUGUCAAUGAGACAGCCACUAGAGGCUGGAUUAACCCAUCUGAAACUGCUAUGUUUAUAGAAGAAAGGGUUAAUCCUAGUUGGACCUGGCACCCAGACCACUUAAUUAAGCUGAAGUGGUCUGGGUGCCUAAAGUGGUCCUUUAACUCCAAUGCAGGGUAAAAAUUAUUGGACCACUGCAACUAGGUUUGUAUUCCUAAUCCUAUAG